GGCGCCCCGAGCAGAGGGACCCGCCCCCGCGGCCCCCGAGGGUGCGGCGAGCCGGGGCAGGAGGGGAGCGGCCGGACGGGGAGGCGCCGCGGGGGCCGGGGGGCAGGGCGGCGGCUCCCGGAGUCGGGCCCUGCGCACCGGGGCCUCUCCCCUCCGCCCGGGACGGCGGGGCCGGGGCCGCAUGGGGCGCCCGCGCGGCCCGCUCCUGUGGCUGCUGCCGCUGCUCGCGGCGGCCUGCUCGGGGAUCCUCGUCGCCCUGUACUGCUCGGCAGCGAGGCCGUACCCGGGGCCCCGGGCCGGAGCCAGGAACACCACAUCGUCUCGGGGAUUCUUUGGACACAAGGCAUCAAAUGCUGGAAUGAGAAAGAACCCGCACUGCCGACGCCCACUUGACCUGGCCAUCCAGAGGCACCCCCACUUCCGUGCCCUGUUCGAUCUCUCCACUCCAGUGCUGCUAUCGGGGGGCCUCUUCACUCAGGAGCUCUGGGACAGCCUGAGCCAGCACAAAGCCCCCUACGGCUGGCAGGGCCUGUCCCACCAAGCCAUCAACUCCACCCUGAGCCUCCUGAACGGCUCCGAGAGCUCCCAGCUGUUCGCCGCCUCCAGGAAGCCGCUUUCAAGCUGCAUUCGGUGCGCGGUGGUGGGGAACGGGGGCAUUCUGAACGGUUCCCGCCAGGGUCUGAACAUCGACGCCCAUGACUACGUGUUCAGACUCAACGGCGCAGUGAUCAAAGGCUUCGAGAAGGAUGUGGGCAACAAGACCUCCUUUUACGGUUUCACUGUGAACACGAUGAAAAACUCUCUCAUCUCCUACUGGAACUUUGGCUUCACCUCCGUGCCGCAAGGACCGGACCUGCGCUACAUCUUCAUCCCCUCGGACAUCCGUGACUAUGUGAUGCUGAGAUCGGCCAUUCUGGGCGUGCCUGUCCCCGAGGGCCCUGAUAAAGGCGACAGCCCCGGCCCUACCGCCCGCACCGCCGCAGGCCCAGCGCCUUCCCCCUCACUUCGCUCCCCAACCUGCCCUACGACACCCCGGGCCGCUCUGUCCACUUCUUUCGUGGGUCCUAGGCCUCAGACCUAUUUCGGACCAGAAGCCUCUGCCAGGAAAUUCAAGCUACUACAUCCAGACUUCAUCAGCUACCUGAGGGAGAGGUUUUUGAAAUCAAAGUUGAUUAACACAAAUUUUGGAGACCUAUAUAUGCCUAGUACUGGGGCUCUCAUGCUGCUGACGGCUUUGCACACCUGUGACCAGGUUAGUGCCUAUGGAUUCAUCACAAGCAACUACUGGAAAUUUUCUGACCACUAUUUCGAGCGAGUUAAGAAGCCACUGAUAUUCUAUGUCAACCACGACCUGUCCCUGGAAGCCUCCCUGUGGAGGGACCUGCACAAGGCCGGCAUCCUUCAACUGUACCAGCGCUGACCCUGAAGUACCCACACCCUCUGUUCUCUCAGAGCCACGGCCCCUCAUGUGGCCAAAGCUGCAUCUGGUCUUUUUAGCCUCCAAAAAGGGCUCCAGCCCUCCUCCACCCACCCCUUCUUCUCUAGAGAACAUUAGGAGGUGGAUUUGUGACCGUCAUUGCAGCCUGUUCGUUGUUGAGACACCCCAUCUUACUCUUGGUUUCUCUGAGGAAACUCCCCGCUGGGUUGGAGACAGACCUCCCAACCUUAAUGAAGACAAAAGACUGAUCUGCUGGACGUUUCAAAACUGAAGGUAACACAAGAUGACACUGUGACCCUCACCAGCAAAGGCCAGACAUUCUUCAUAGGGAAGUAUCUCAAAGCCAGCAGUUGGUACUGAAGCUUAGGACGUUGGUAGAGUGACUGAAGGCAUCUCCGCUGACCAGGGUCAAGCAGCAGUACAGGCAAACACACUCCCCAGCCAGACCCUCCCAUGAGCGUGGCCAGCUCACAGCACCUCCAGAGCGAUUUCACUCUAAAACACACCUGAACAACCUGAGGACAUGACCACCUUCCUUCUGCCCCAUGACAGUGGGAGUGCAAAAGGCAGAUUGUAAUUUGAACUAGGUACUCGCAUAAAUGAUGGGAUGACCA